CGUGUUCAUGCUAGAUCAGAAACAGCCUCUAGAUCGUCUGCCGAAUAAUUUGUGGAGUUAUCUUGAAACUGUUAAACACGUUUGGCCUAACAAUCUUGAUUUAAACUCUGCAAUUAUCUUGAUUCGAAUUGAUCAUCCAGCAGCGUAAAAGCCCGAAAUCGCACGAAACAAACAGAAAGGCAUGGUCCACAUAGAACAGGAAACACAUCAGCAUAGAUAGAUCAGCGGCAAAGAUAUAAAGACUUGGAUACAUAACGGCUACCGACAACAAGAGCCCCAAAAAUGCCAUUCAAAUCACUGAAUUCCAUGCCCACGAAAAGGGUGUACCUGAAAGCCGUCGAAUGCAACGGGUUCAUAUAUGGCAUUGGGGGUAGUGACGCCAAGGGCCAGCCCAUAAACAGCAUGGAGAGCUUCAACCAAUCAAAUUCAAAAUGGAAGGGACAUGGCUGUAUGUCGGUAAACAGAGCAGCACCAGGUUGCAUGGUCGUCGGGGAAAGUAUCGUAGUGAUGGGUGGAAUCAGCGAUGGACAAGAGGUUACCGAUUCGGUAGAGGUGUUCGAUACAAAAACGAAGGAGUGGAGUGGUAGAGAUGGGAUGAAGGAGGCCCUCAGUGGCAUUGCGUGUGUUGUUCACGACGACAGAAUUUUUGUUGUUGGCGGGUCAGCUAAAGACACGAACCCUAGAGACUACCUGAUGCAGUAUGACCUGCAGAAUAAAACUUGGAAGUCUCUAAAAGACAUGCCUACGGCCAGAUACGCUGCUACUGCCUUCAUUCUCCGGGACAACUUGUACGUCAUAGGCGGUCGACAAGGCAAACUAGCAACAAACGCAUUUGAGGUUUUUGACAUGAACGUAGGUACAUGGAGAAAACUGCCCAACCUUCCUUCUAAGAAUGUUUUCAACCAAAUCGUGCACACAGACACGCACGUGUAUGCCUUAGGAGGGUUGGAUAAAGACCAGAAGAUUAAAGAUACCUUGGAGAUAUUCGACCUCAAAACAGAAAAAUGGACCCAAGGCCCGAGUAUGAAGAACAAAAGAGCGGAUUUUGUAGCAGCGAUGUUGAACGAGAAGUUAUGGGUGGCUGGAGGCGUGAGUGAAGUAGACAAAAUAAAAAAACCGACGGAUAGUGUCGAAAUAUUCGAUCCGACAAACAACACCUGGACCGACCACCCAAGCGUCCCAUCUCCGUUCUGUUCAGCUUCCUACUGUACAUCUAAGGAUAAUAAACUCUACGUUGCAGGGGGCAUGACGUUGGAUGGCGUCACUAACAAUUUUUUCGUUCUCAGCUAAUCAUGAACAUAUGCUACUGUUUUCUUUUGGUGGUUUUAGAUUCAAAUUUUUUAAAUUCGUGUCUUCAGCCUUCUUCUUUUAGAAAUAUUCUAUAUCUAAGUUAAAUCGUGUAUUUAUUUUUCUGAGUAUUAAAUACUUUUUAUCUGCUUUUUGUUCUGCGCCAUUUUCGGAUAAUCAUUUUAAAUUAUAUAUAUAAAUAAGAUUAUUAUUUUUCAGUUA